ACCAUCACGUGGUAACUGCCGCGAUAAUCAGCAAACGUCAUUUCGUUAGUUGCAUCGUGCGGUGCGAGAGGAGUGAUUUGCGAUUCAUUUGCAUCGUCCGCAGUGGGGCUUGUUGGUUAGUGCCUUAUCCAUAUUCUUGUACCUUUGCAGUUGGUCGUCGUGAGACUUGCCCAAUGCAGACUGCAGACAUGCCUUCAGAAGUCAAGAAGUCCUCUGGGAUGGCAUUUGAGCUGGUUUUUAAAGAGCCGUCCAAGGAGGCCAUCAGGAGCCCUGUCCAGUCCCCGCCCAAGCAGAGCUCCUUGGAAGAAAUUGAAAAGAAGCAACAGGCAGCCCAAGAGAGGAGGGAGCAACAAGAGAAGGAGAAAAAGAAGCAGCUGGCCAUGGAGCUGAACAAGAUAGAGCAGAAGAAGGCCUUCAGACAGGAGGACGAGGAGAAAUACAAGAAGGAGGCCGAGGUCAAGCUGGACAGCAAGUUCAGGAAUUACAUGGAGAAUAAACUGGCCCAGGAAGAAGCCAGAGAAGAGAAGAGUAAAGAGAUGAUCGAGAAGCAAGCAAGAGUCCUCGCGAAGAAGAAGGAGUUGAUUGAAAGCGAAGGAACGACUGCGCCAGACGUGACCAGAGCAGAGUAGUUCCUGGGUGUUUGCAUCGCCAACGUAUACUCACACCAGCCUUUCAUAUAUCCAUGUAUUUCCCCCACUCCCUCUUAUUGUAAAUCUAUCACCUGCGCGAGUACAACAUAAGUGAUGCACAACGCAACUCAAGACACUCAGAACCUCUGAGGUAAUUUUUAUCAUUUCAAAAUGGAAAUACGCAACAAGGGAAAGAGAAGAAAAAAAUCGGAAUCAUUUGGUCCCAGACUGGCAAGCACAUGGCUGUGGUUUUUGUUUACUUGUUCAGGUUUUUUUUUGCGGUCUCUCGGACCAUAAAAAGUGUCUCGCGAAAGAAGUCUCACACUUUUAUGUUUUGGCGUGCCUUAUUAUAUUGUACAGGGGCAAUUAAGUAGUUGAUAAAUGAACAGUAGGCGUGGAAAUCAAACAAUACAACUGAAUGGUGCAGUUUGUGUCAAGUCACGUUAUGUUUGUGUGUCUCGGCUACAUUUUCAGUGGCGUUUUUCUUGUAUUGGGUGUUAUUAUGCAUACAUCUUGACGUGACUCCCUGGACUCUUCAACAAUCGUCCUUGUAUACAUGUGUAAUGUAUGUACAAACUGAAGCAUACCCGCAGACUUAGGUGCACGUGCUGCAGGCGCAGCUGUGACUGGUGGUUCCCCCCCCAUAUCGGAGGCAUUUAGUAUUCUCCUCGGCUCCUUUGCUGCAGAUAAGUCGGUAGACUGGGCGUGGCUUUGGGGUGUGGCACAUAUGGGUGUGGCAUGGUGUUAAAAAGAUGAGUGGGGCCGACUGACACAGGGAUGUAAUCUUGUCAUUUUAGGUUUGUGAUCCCUUCAGUGGUUGCCUCUGUCAAAUUACAAGUUUUUAUACGUUGACUCACGUUCAUGAGAAGUUUAUUGCUAUCAGCAUGGGCAAAUGAAAAUUUGAAGAACAAAAAUUGACUUGUGAAUAUCUCAAGUCUUUGGGUUUCCACUCCAUUCAUAAAUAUUCAUACCCAUAUACCUGUGCUUUCGCACUGAUAGAGUAGAGUUAUGUACAUGAAUAAUUUGUAAUUUGAUGAGAAUACGAACGACUGGCCCUGGAGAGAAUUAUGGAGUUUGAUUGCUUUGAAAAGUCUAACCUGUCAUGGACGGAGGGUGUUUCAUGGAUGUGGCAAAGGAGCAGAGGAAAUUCAUUCUCAAUCACAAGGAGUAUCUCAUCUUUUUAAAACACUGGGCACAUUGCUGAGGGAAAAACAUAACCCUGAAAUGAAAUCCAACCUGAGGUAAAAGUCAAGCGUGCAGUUACUUUGAUUUUUUGUCUUUGAAAAAAACAAUAAUGUAGUGGCACUGCUCUCAUGGGGUCGUAGGUCCUAGGAAUUUUGCCAAGAAAGGCAAAUUUACCAGUGUGUGGUUUUUUGGUAUUUCCACGAUUUGUUUUCUGUGCAGUUUUCUUCAGAAUGGAAGUUUCAGUAAUUGCUGCUUUUUGAGAUUUUGGAAUCUGGGCUAGUCACUUUUUAAGGCACUUGCUGUUGAAGAUAUUGUAAAUGUAUUAAGCUUCACGUAUGUAUGAUAACAGAGAGAAAAACCAAUUACACGAAGGCAUUGUAAUAAGGUCGAUAUUAGAAGUUUCUAUGGUAGUAUCUCGUUGUGAUUGUCGCGUAAAGUACUGAUAGUUGUAGGUUCGUACUUGGGACUCUGCAUGGCUUGUUAAGUCGAGUCCUGUCCGUAGAGUUGUACAUUUUGUGAGCAACGUAGUGCCAUGCAAUACACAUAGUUAAGAGUUGAUGAUUAACAGCGCUACUGUAGUCAAAAGUCUGCCAGGAUGGAGUGUAAUGUCGGGGUAUUGAACACCUUUUGUUGAAAUUUAAUCUCGCCUGCCCGUGACAGAGCAUAGCUGUAUAUCUAUUCACGCAUCAGAAGCCCAGACGCAAGACUUCCGUUCCAAAAACAAGAGCAAAACUAUUAUAUAAACCAAAGUUGCAUCCUCUUAGCGUGGUUAAGGCUUUGGCACCCUGCGCGAAACAUUUGAUACGACAGUUCUCUUUCAAUCUUGCAUCCACACCAAUGCAAUACGGGCGAUUCACAAUUGGUGCGCCUUCAAGAGUUUGCAACGCGUUGGCCAAUCACAACGUGCGAAAUCUGUCGACCCUUUCCAAACGCUCAUUGGAACUGUGAGCUUCACAUCACCGGACGAAAAACCCCUGCAUGGCUAAAACUAGUAUACCCGAAGUAGCAGAAUGUACCCGAAGUAGCAUCCGCGUGUGUAGUUUACGUGUAACUUUUAGAGUAUGUUUUAGGUGGUGACCGGAAAAGAUAAUGCCUGGAUGUUGAAUUAUUUUGAUACCAACAAUCCAUUGAUGUAUACUGAAAUGAGAAAUCGAUGUUUAAUGUACAUGUGCAUGUUUUGUUCGAUGUAUACCAUCCGCACUGCCACACAGUUCACGAAGUCUUAGAUUUCACCGUAAUGCUAAAGUAAUACCACUUGUGAUGAAAAUGUACCUGUUUUUCGUUUUGUUUUCUUAGCUUUUCCUUGGAAAACCACAACAGCUGUUCGCAUCACAGAGUUAACUAGGGGAAUACGAAGUGAUUGUGUCUUUUAUGAGGGAAGGAUUUGGGGACGUUUUGGCUUUGUUUUUGUAUUUUUGCCUUAAUGUUUAAAGAAAAGGAGUUUUUGCUUUUAUAUUUAAGAAUGAGUAUUUAUUUCUGAGUUCUUCCAAAUGAUUUUUGUAAGAAAAAGAAAAUGCCAAAAAUUAUUUAUUUUGCCUUUUAAGUUGUAAACUGAUGUGAGAUAAAGCAGUUAGGAGAAUCAGUUCUUAGUAUGUUUUGUUACCGGUCUGAUGGCAUUCAGAGUAAGCUAAAUUGAGGUCAUUGGAUUGUACAUUUGAUUUCUAAUUAUUACAAAUUAUUUUCACUCUUGUGAACAACUGUAAAGCGAAACAACUCGGAAGGACCAAGGUAUUUGAUGACUGAAAAGUAACAAUACCAAUUUUUUUCUGUUCCAAAAAAGACCAAAUUUUGGCCAGUUUGUGCUUUUGAUUCACACUUCAACUUCCAUUUCCGUCUAAUAAUUGGCGUUUUUGUUACACCAGGCGCGUGAUAUAUCGCCGUAAGGUUCGUGAAAAUACUGUACCACUGAUAUGUACCCGGUCCCUUUCCAUCCCAUUCAGCUAAAAGAGAAUAAAGUACUAAACUUAAAAAGAAGGUCAAAUUCCCGUUUGUGAGGGCAUGAACUGUAAGGGAAGAAAUGAAGGAAACCUUGAUUUAAAAAAAAAUGAACAAAAAUGAAAGAUGGAGUUGUACUUAAAGCUGAUUUGUAGCGUUCAUGUUUUCGACUAGCAACUUGUUCCGUUGCUCCUGUUUAACUUUAAGCCUGUUGGGGUCUUUGUCAUUGUUUUUCUGGAAGCUUGUUCUAGUUUCGAAGGGAAGAGGCUGUUCUUUUUCAGUGAUUAUCCUCCCGUCGAAUCUUCGGUUCAUGUUUAGAAUUGACACUCGACACACCUGCAUGCUUGAUUAAAGUUUUAUUUUUGCUACACACAGAACCAAGAACAUUCCAGAUCGUAUAGAGUACUAUUUAGAGUUGUUUAGUGCUGCGUUUUUCGUUAUAAAAACUUUAAAAAGAAAACUGUUUGCAUCUCCUUCAGUUAUGUUCGUUAUUGCGAAGGGCACAAACGAGCUUAAGUAUGUAACCAACAGAUUUACUUGGAUGUACUGUUACAUUACCCGGGACACGGAACAGACAAUUAACCCUUAAGAUAUCAUGCAAACGAUCUCUCCACGUACUACGAGUGUUUUUCUUUUUCGAGUAUUUUCCCGAGCGUAAUGUAACUGACCUUUCCCGUCCACGUUUGAAUAAGAUUGUGUGGACUAUGGUUCGAUCGAACAUUUCAUUAGUGGCAAAUGGCAUUUAUUUCUACGUCCUUUACAAACAGUAUUGUUCUAAAACAUUUUGUGUCUUAACAGGCGUAUAUGUGCUUGGUUAAUAAAAAGCUUUCAAGUACCAUUGCAGA